AUGUACCACCUAAAGUGUAUGACUGAGUGGGCACUCUCAGCAAAGCUGGGCAAACAGGACCCAAAUGAAAGGAUAUCGGCUCCCAAGAAUACCUGGCGUUGUCCUUCUUGCCAAAAGGAGCACUCUUCAACCAACAAACCACUAAUUUAUCGCUGCUUUUGUGGCCGAAAAAUCAGACCCGAAUACCAUCCUGGACAUACUACCAUUCCCCAUGGAUGUGACGAGAUUUGUGGCAAGCAGAGAAAAACGAAAGAGGCCGAAGAGGGUGCUCAGGCAUGUCCACACGCAUGUACGGAACUUUGCCAUCCUGGACCCUGUCCACCUUGCGUUUCUACGGUUGAUAUGUCCUGCCCUUGCGGUCGAGUGGUUCGACGAGCGCGGUGCGGUGAACGCCCACCGAGCCCCUGUGUGUGCUACUGUGGUCGCUUGGAUGAGCUCACUAUUUGUGGAGGUGAGAAGGCGAGACGCUACCACUUGGAGGGUGUAGAUCCACUGGAGGACGAACUUGAUGCCUGCGAUCUUGAGUGCUUGUCAGAGGCAGAUGCUGCUGUCGCUCGUCGGUACAAUGUCCUCGACAGAGCUCUAUUUGUCGGAACCGUCUUCUCCUGUGAACAGCCCUGUGGACGGAUGCUGAAUUGUAGGCAUCACAAGUGUCAGGCGCUUUGCCAUCCCGGAGAUUGCCAACCGUGCCAGCUUCUUCCGGAAUUUUGUCUCACCUGUCCCUGCGGACGUGUACCUUUAAGCAAAUUGGUAAGAAAAAGUUACUGUCCACGUAAACUUUGCGGUUUUCCUCUUCCGCUUCCUCUUCCCUUUCUUUCUCUUCUUCUUCUUCUUCUUCUUCUUCUUCUUCUUUCUGUUCCUUUUCCUCCCCCACCUUCAUUCCGAACCGUUGCUGGCGUCACAUAA